GAAAGUUUGAGUGAGUGUUGAUGUACUGUGUGAGAACAGAGAGGGAGCCGCGAGCGGAGUGGAUCCUGUCUCUAGGAGCUGGUGGGCUAGGAGCAGCUGGAGGGGGUCGCUGAACAGCCGCUGCUGCCGCCAUUUAUUGUCUUCGAAUUCCAAGUCCCUUCGAUCGGCGAUGUCCUCCCAGAUGACGCCGCGGGUGCGGCCCAGCGGCUCCCCGACCUCCAGCCGCCCUCAGCCGCUCCGAGCCACCGUCCCCUUUCAGCUGCGAGCCGCCGCCGGCAGCACUCCCCCCGGCGGCGCCCGGCUGGCCCCCGGCUCCUCGCCGUCCUCCUCAUCCACCUCAGUUCCGUCCCCGGCUCCGUCCGUCUCUCCGCCGGGAAGCCGCAGCGCCUUCCACAGCGUCACCACCUCGACCAGCAGCGGCCCAGGGCCGGGGGAGCAAGAGGCGGCCUGGAGGGCGGCCCCGUCUGGGGAGAGGAAAGGCAGUCACUCGGCCUCCUGCUGCACAUCUCCCGUCAGCAAAGGGCAACCAGAGCCAGACACUGUAUUCCAGAAGAAGCCUCCUCAGUGUCUUGCACAACCUCAGUAUGAUGUCCCGACACCUAUAUUGAAAGGUCCGAGCAACAAAGCAGUUGAGAAGCCCAAGUCUCGUCAGACAAAAUCUUGCAUACGACGCACCUCCUCCCUCGAUACAAUCAUCGGACCUUACUUGAUAGGACAGUGGCCACGUGAUAGUGAUGUACACUCUGCAUCGUGGGAGAAUGAGAAAGCUACACAGACUCCUAGCACCUGGCAUGAGAUAGGUCUGAAGAGGAAAAACUCUCAUAAGCGUUCUGCAUCAUGGGGCAGUGCAGAUCAGCUGAAAGAGAUUGCAAAGCUCAGACAGCAACUUCAACGCACUAAACUAAGCAAAAAGCAUGGCAAGGAGAAAGAGCGACAGUCACCUCUGCAUGGAGAUCAUGCUGCUCUGGGUGUGGUACAGCAGGGACCUUCCAAGUUUGUACCCAUUCUGCCAGCAAAUCUUGCCAUCACAAAGUUAAUUCCGCGACUUAGGAACAGUUUGGAGGCAAUAAAUCAAGAAAUUGAAGGAAUGUUUAUUAAAGAACCUGGGGAUAAAGAGUUACUGAAGAUAAUGGAAGCACCUGAUGGGCACAGGGCACCCUUCCCUUCACAACGACAUAGCAGCAGUUCUCAGAGUGAACCUUCACCUAUUCCUCUUGAACAGACCAGUGGCUAUAGCAGUCCUUCUCCGUAUCCUUCCCCGUCCACUUCUCCUUUGUAUCCAAACGGAAGCCAGGAAGAGGGGCCGUGUUUUAUUGAAGAUGUAUCAUUUUUUGUUCGGGAUAAAGAUAGUGGCACAAGCUCCCCUCUACUGAAGUAUGCUUCUUCUCCCAAACCUAACCACAGUUACAUGUUCAAGCGGGAGCCUCCAGAAGGCUGUGAACGAGUGACUGCAUUUGAAGAAACACCGUAUUGUUUCGCUGGCUUGACGGAUCUGCAAGUACGCACAAAAUUGUUAUAUGAACAGGAAGAAUCAAUUUCAAGCAUCAUGAGGAUGGACAUGGAAGAAGGAAAGGGAGGGACAGGCCUCCGCCAGUAUUAUCUGUCAAAGAUUGAAGAACUCCAGCUUAUUGUUAAUGAUAAGAGUCAGAACCUCCGGCGUCUGCAGGCUCAAAGAAAUGAACUCAAUGCCAAAGUACGCAUGCUACGGGAAGAACUACAGCUGUUACAGGAGCAGGGAUCUUAUGUAGGAGAGGUGGUGAGAGCAAUGGACAAGAAGAAGGUGCUUGUCAAGGUUCAUCCAGAGGGAAAAUUUGUUGUGGAUGUUGACAAGAACAUUGACAUUAAUGAUGUGACUCCUAACUGCCGUGUAGCUUUGAGAAAUGAUAGCUACACGCUACACAAAAUCUUGCCCAACAAAGUGGACCCUCUGGUAUCUCUAAUGAUGGUUGAGAAAGUUCCAGAUUCUACCUAUGAAAUGAUUGGUGGCUUGGACAAACAGAUCAAAGAGAUUAAGGAGGUUAUUGAACUGCCUGUGAAGCAUCCUGAGCUGUUUGAAGCUCUUGGCAUUGCGCAGCCAAAGGGUGUGCUGCUGUAUGGACCUCCAGGCACAGGGAAAACACUGUUAGCAAGAGCCGUGGCCCAUCACACUGACUGCACUUUCAUCCGUGUAUCUGGCUCUGAACUUGUACAGAAAUUCAUUGGCGAGGGUGCUCGUAUGGUGCGUGAACUAUUUGUAAUGGCUAGAGAGCAUGCUCCGUCUAUUAUUUUUAUGGAUGAAAUUGAUUCUAUUGGUUCCUCACGAUUGGAGGGUGGCUCAGGUGGUGACAGUGAAGUGCAGCGCACGAUGUUGGAACUUCUAAAUCAGCUAGAUGGAUUUGAGGCCACUAAGAAUAUCAAGGUAAUUAUGGCAACUAACAGAAUUGACAUUCUUGAUCCUGCUUUGCUGCGGCCAGGACGAAUUGAUCGGAAAAUUGAAUUUCCUCCUCCAAACGAAGAGGCUCGUCUUGACAUUCUAAAGAUUCAUUCUCGCAAGAUGAACUUAACACGUGGUAUCAAUCUGCGCAAGAUUGCUGAGUUGAUGCCAGGGGCAUCAGGUGCAGAGGUUAAGGGCGUAUGCACAGAAGCUGGCAUGUAUGCCUUAAGAGAAAGAAGAGUUCAUGUCACACAAGAAGACUUUGAAAUGGCAGUGGCAAAGGUUAUGCAAAAGGACAGUGAAAAGAACAUGUCUAUCAAGAAGCUUUGGAAAUAAGUGCAUGUAAUAAGAUUGUUGUUACCAUGGUGAUGGGAGAUUGUAAUGGUUUGAAAGUAUCUAAUCAUCAUUAACUUUCCUGUCUUUAAUAAAUAUUCAUAAAACUUA